AUGAAGGAGCUUUCCGGCGAUGAUGCGAGCGCAAAGUCGUAUUACUUGCCUCACCACGCUGUUUUGAAGCCAGACAGCACGACUACGAAGCUGCGUGUUGUUUUCGAUGCUUCCUGCAAGACGUCCAGUGGAAUCUCUUUGAACGAUGCCCUAAUGGUGGGACCCGUAGUGCAGGACAUGAUCGUGGACAUCACACUCCGGUUCCGUACGCACCGAUUCGCCCUCGUAGGAGACGUCGCUAAAAUGUACCGCAUGGUGCUGAUGAAUGCAGCCGAUCAGCAGCUGCAAAGGAUCGUUUGGAGAGACAGCGCUUCAGAGCCGAUCCGUACUUUCGCUCUCACGACAGUCACCUACGGUACAGCGUCCGCUCCAUACCUCGCAACGAAGUGUCUGCAGCGCCUGGCAGAUGAAGGGGAAAAGUCGCAUCCUGCAGCGGCAAAGGUCCUCAGAAAGGACUUCUACGUCGAUGAUAUGCUGUCCGGCGUAGACGACAUCGAAGAAGGCAAGACACUAGUUGGUCAGAUGGUAGAACUCCUGCAGUCUGCCGGAUUCUCCUUGCGAAAGUGGAAUUCUAACAGCAAAGAGUUGCUGUCAGUGGUGUCGGAGGGUUUGAGAGAUGAGCGCUCGAUUCUGGAGCUAGAUUCGUCUACCGCCGCCGUGAAAACGUUAGGCUUGACAUGGGAGCCUAGCACGGACUGCUUCCGAUUCAGUUCGCCGGCUUGGAAUGAGGCCGCGGAGAUUACGAAGCGUUGCGUCUUGUCUGAUGCGUCUCGACUGUUUGACCCGUUAGGACUGGUGAGUCCGGUAAUCAUCCAGGCGAAGAUCUUCCUUCAAGAUCUUUCGAAGCACGACUGCGAGUGGGAUGAACCGCUUAGCUCGCAGCUUCAAGAGCAGUGGCGUGAGUACAGGCGAAAUCUAGCAGGCCUAGACGGGAUUGCAGUUCCCCGAUGGGUCGGAACGAGCCGUAGCACCGAAACGAUUGAGCUGCACGGAUUCUGUGACGCGUCGAACAAGGCAUACGGCGCAUGCGUGUACAGUGGCUCCGAGAAAAACAAGAAGUCGCUGUCAACACCCCGCCUAGAGUUGUCCUCGGCACUUCUCCUCGCUCACCUGCAUGAGAAGGUCGCCAAGAAUAUCAACGCCGUCACCAAGUGCCACUUCUGGACAGACUCGACGAUCGUAGUCUGCUGGCUUUCAUCAGCUGCGAGAUGGAAGCAGUUUGUGGCGAAUCGUAUCUCCGAAAUCCAGCACAUUACGAAGGGAAGUGUGUGGAAGCACGUCACCGGUGAGGAUAACCCGGCGGACAUUAUUUCACGAGGAAUGAGUCCAGCACAGCUUCAGUACGAGUCUCGAUGGUUUAACGGACCGAAAUGGUUGAUGUUGGACAACCAAUACUGGCCCAAUUCGGCACAGAUCAACGAGGGUAGUCUCAACCAGGCAGACUUAGAGGAGAAAGCGAUUGUCGCGGUCCUCCCCGCCGUUUCCCCUAGUGAGAUCUUCGGACUUCGUUCAUCGCUGGUGGAUUUAGUUCGGCUGACUGUUCACAUUCGACGGUUCAAGUGGAAUUCAUCGCCGGCGGAUCGGUCCUGUCGGAAAGUAGGCUGCAUUACUUCCCAGGAGUACGACGACGCAGUCAAGGAGCUGGUGAAGCUUUCGCAGCGGGAAUGCUUUCCACAGGAGUUCGCGGACAUCGCUCGGCACGGGCAGGUGCAGGAUUCCUCCAGAAUUUCGAACCUCAAUCCCCAAUUAGUUGAAGGCGUAUUGUGCGUUGGCGGCCGGCUGAAGAACGCGGAUGUUCCGGAUGGCAGGAAGCAUCCGUACAUACUCGACCAUCGGCAUCCCUUCACGAAAAUCGUCGUAGUAUAUUACCACCGUAAGUACUUCCACGCUGGUCAACAGCAGACAGUCACGGCAGUUCGAGAGCGAUUCUGGCCAACAAGCGCCAGGAAUCUAGCAAGGCAGGUUAUCCACGAAUGCGUGCAGUGCUUUCGUGCGAAACCGAAAAUCCAGGAGCAACUGAUGGCCGAUCUACCCCCCGAGCGAGUCAGACCAUGUUUCCCGUUCCAGAAAGUCGGCAUCGAUUACUGCGGUCCGUUCCACGUGGUGUACCCGCACCGAUCAAAUGCUUCGUAG